AUGGCAAACGAUCCCGCGGUGUUUACUCCCUGGUUCGGCCCGCAACAGGCGGUGGAUUACUUCCGCUCUCUCCUCGCAGAAGGGGUUUCUGAAACACAGGUGUUGGGGACCAAUCGAUAUUUAUUAGAUUGUGUUCAUAGCGGAGGGAUCACUCCCAAGAUCUUCGCCGUAUGGCUUUUUCGCGCCCAUCCCAGAUUUCCCAGCAUCCUUCGGGACGCCCUCGGGGAUGAGGACUCCUCUGGUGUGCGCCAUGCUGGCAUAAACGUCUUAAAAUGUGCCAUGAAAACGGAUCAUUGGCGGGAGAAAGGCUGGGAUGCGGUCGGAGCAAUUGCUCAAUUCUCACCUGCCGCUUUUAAGAAAAUUCGCCGUCGGGUCAGUCCCAGUCUACCCUCCGCUGCGGAGGCGUUUGCUCGAUAUACAUCUCCCGCGAUGCUUACAUCGCGUGAACCUUACGAAUCCAAAGUUUAUCAAGCUGGGCAGGCUAGUAUACCAGCUAUACAAUUCACCUUAGAUCUUUGUGACCACGCUUGUGGUGAGUCAGCAGAGGCGGAUGACGUUCAUUGGGGCACCCGGGUUCGUUGCAUUGACAUGACCCUUACAAUAGCCCGGCGCUCAAAAGUGCCUUUCGACAAGAUUCUCGCAUUUCUUGAGCAGGUGUUACCAGACUUGGGACAUUCGGAGCGAACCCUGCAUGAUUGGGAACACCUUAUGCACGCUUUGGUAGAAUUCUGGGUCAUCGCAGCUUUCCCCGACGCGCAUUUAGAGUCGGUUUCUGAUGCACCUGCUGCACGUCGCCGGGAGGAACUGCAUCCAUCCAGGCCUUCAAAGGCUUACAAAAACUCCUUGGAGGCACUUCUGCGAACGGCUUUCAGGACAAUUCCAAAGACCAAACUCGGCCCUUGUGUCGGUGUUAUCCUUCCCAAAACCGUUGCGCAGGCAAGGCUUUCCUUGCUCAAGAUCAUAUGCAAGCACCUGCGAGGCCUUGACAUUGACUUAAACCAGCCAACGCCGUCAAAAAAUGAGGAACAGCUUUUACCAUGGAAUUCAUCAUUCCUUAUGUCUCUUCCCGGACAGGAUGCAAGGUGGCUAUUUGAGCGCGCGCUACGACUGUCGUCAACGAAAAGCUUGACCACAUCUAUGGGACUUCGGUGGCCAGUCAGUGGAGGACACUUUCCUUCGUUUCUGGAGAACAUUGUCCGAGUACAUUUAGAGUCUACGAGCAAAGAAGAGGCGAAUGCCCGUGAUUCAGUGACAUAUCAAUUGAUUGAAGACUUCAAACUCAAGGCAGUAAAAGCCCGUGAUCCUAAAGAUCGACUAGACUGGGCAGACCUUACAAUCAGCAUCGCAAAAUUAAGCAAAAACGUUCGAACCCUGAAAGACGCCAUCUAUUGGACAUCGCGCUUCUUGCGGGAUCCGUUCGUGAGACCUUUACUUGUGGGAAGAAUAUACCAGGCGGAUACCGCAUCCGUCUUGUCCUGUGUGGUGUCGCCAACCCUAGAGGACCUUGCGGCUGAUGUCGGUAUUGCGGACUCCGUGAUAAAGUAUCUUAUGGAACAAGCCCUUCUAGCUCUGCAGGAGCCCUGGUACAAAAGCUGUCAAGAUCGCGAAUUUGGCUCUUUGCUUCAACUUGUCGUUUGUAGCCGAAUAAAUGCGGUAAAGGGCUUGUGUCGCCGUGGUCUAGGAAGCGAAAAUGAGAUAGUGGGCACUCUGUUAGAUAAUGUGGUGCCAAUAAUGUUGCAAUAUGAAAGUGUGGGCAUUACAGAAGGAUAUGAAUCCCUUGGUUGGGGAUGUUUGUCCGGCCCGCUAGAAAAUAUUGGAUGCCCACAGAAGCCAAAUAUUGGGGUGUUGAAGCUCAUGGACUCGCUAGCACAGCAGCGAGAUCGUCUUUGGGCCCAGCAGCGCCUUCUACGGAACCCUCAAACUGCAAAUUUGUCUGAAGGUUUGCCGCGAGGUUUGCCGCUUCAAUAUCUGUUUCCUUCGAAGGAAUGGACAAUGGAAGUGAUUAAGUCCCAAGAAGUUGGCAGCUUUGUCACGAAGAGAGUCACGGAACUUGUAUUUUGUGAUGUUGGUACAGUCCUCCAGAAGAUAAGCCAAGAGGAUUAUCGCUUGGGACCCUUCGUGGACAGUCUAGAAUUUGCUAUCAGUAUCUACAUCGGCAAUGGGCCGAUAGAAGAACAAGGAGCAAGAAUACUAGAAAUAUGGAGGCACUACUCGGAGAAAAUUCCGUCUUCUGCAGGGCAUACAGAGAGCUUUCGAGAAUACCUGUGUCGCCUUCUGCGAUCCAGAAGCUUGCAUAAAGCUGCGAGAAUGAUCGAACCUCCUCAAUUGCCUUCGCUGGAUAUAUUCCAGCGUAUGUCACGCGACUCCCCCUGCUUUGGAUGGGAGCCUCGCUUAGAGAACACACACGACUCGUCACGAGAGCGUUGGGAAGAGACGCUCUUGCAGCACCGGUUCUUUGCCACCAAGCAGAAAGGGUCUUUAGAAGCCUUGGCCCUUUUGUUCUCCCAUCCGAACGCAUGGAAAUUGCCUGCCAAGUCCAAAGCAUUUGAUAUAUGGCGGCCCAAAUAUGGUCCGUUAAGACUUUCAUGCCAGCACAGAGAAGCUCUCAUUGCUUCUGCCCUCUUGUUUCUUAACAGUCUCGCCCACAAUUCGGAACGCCUUCUAUCUGGGGCAUUCCCCGAAGAUACAGAUGUUCUUCGGUAUCCGUCAGUGCAUCUCGACUACGAGUUUCUGUCCUCCAUUGAUGACCAGGGGCAAGCGACAACAGCUGCGAUUGCUUUACUGCGUGGCUUGGUGAGAGUCGUACCAUCUAGUCUCUUAUAUAGACUUUCUCUGUCCCUCCUGGAAACUCUCAACGAGCUUGAAAGCGCUUCGCCGAAAUAUGCACUGGUUCAGCGAUGUGCUUUUGAAACAAUGACCUUAGUGCGACAGUCUGAUAAGCCAGAGCUGGCUGCGAUACUGGGAAUGAAAGCACUGGAGCUAUUUCCCAACGCAUCCUCAUGGCACCGCAUGGCGUUUCCUUCGUCACUCGCGAAAGCCCUCAGCCGCGAAACCGCAGAGCGGGUUAUGCACGAGUUCACUGCUUAUGUCCUUACCGCUCUACGGAAGCAGAAGGAAGUCAGAAGUACAAAGUCUGGCUUGAUAAAUACCGAAAAGACAGGUAUUAAGAUCACGACGGUGAAAAUGCUGGGCACUAUGCUGGCAGAAAACAAAUUCGGCGUGUCUCCUUCUUUCGCCGUUUGCGCACUGAAGGAUUUAUUUGAGGCCUGCAGUCAUAUCGAUGUGCGAGCGACAGUAUGCUCGGCUUUACUUGAUAUCCUUGAAGAGUACGACGACGCUGACCAGGCCUACGAAAUAUUCACAUCGCUGGCAUCCUACGCAGCCGGGCCAAGCGAAAUCAACGGGUCCAAAUCUUGGUUGCAAUCGGAACAGGCCAAGCUUCCAAGGGUUGACUCAGAACGGCCCCUACUCAAUCUAUUUACCGAAACAGCCUACCACAAAAUCCCCGCAAAGUAUCAUGAACAGUAUGUUCACAAGACCCUGAUACCCCUACUCGAGGAAUCAACCAGACAACACAAUCUCUGGAUGCGUCAAUUCCUUUCUCAACUCGAGCUCACGGCCGAAGAACUAUCCGUCACAGACUUUGGUCCUUUUGUUCCAGACCUGAUACCUAGAGUGAUGAAUAUGUGGUCUCCGUACCUCCCCUGCGAAUUCCUUCUCAAGCACAGGGCGUGGGCUCUAGCAUAUCUGGACUGUAUAAAGCUCCGGAACAUCAACGACAAGUUAACAGAGCAAAAUCGAUCAUGGGGAAUUACCAACGCGGGCUAUCACUGGCGAAGUUUUUUCGACAGUAGCGCGAAAACGAAGUAUUUCCGUCUCCUGUCGAGUAGCCUUUACGACAAAACAAGCCCAAAGGUCGUCAAUGGCAUAACCCGAGAAUCUGUCGCGGAGGAAAUUGUCGCGUGUGCGGGAAUUAUCAUCCGUAAUCCCUUCAUGUUUAUGAACGGUCAUAUCCAAGUAUCCCUGGGACAAUUCACAAACCUACUUUCAGUGCUAGAGGUUACCAUUCCUGAGCGUAGAGAUGAAGCCUUGCCAAUAGUGGAACGAAUAGUCGCAGAUGUCCGAGGACUGCGAACCGAGGAAUGGAACAAUAAUCCCCAACGCAGCCCUCCUGUUCUGCCUUCUCAUCUUCAGCUCCAGACUUUGCUUCUGCCGUUCCCACAUCUGUACAAAGAAUCUUCUUCCCGUUACGCGAGAUUCACUUCCAGCGUACUAGACCUGAUUGAGGAAUGUACUAGCUCCCCGACAUGCAUCGCAGACAGGGUAUUACUCCGUCAGGCAAUGAAAAAAAUGGAAAAGGAGGAUGCGCGCCAAUGUGCGCUUGGAUUUGGGCGGGAAUACGAAUCCAGCCCGAAUCCGUUUGUACAGUAUUUGAGGGUAUGGCUAGCGCAGGGCUUGGUGCAAGAACAGAAGAUGGUGGAUGACGGAUGUGAUACGGCGAUCCGGGAAAUGAUAUUCCGAUGGAAAUACACAGGUUCCCUGAUUCUGAUUCAAUACUGGGAAAUGCGACCAUUCGCCGAGCAAACGUUUGGCAUCUAUGAGCUGGCCGAACUUAUAUUCCUACAACUCGAGAGUCCUAUAGACCUGAUCCGAGCCCAGCGCGUGUGCCGCACCUGGAGAGGUAUUAUCCAAACAUCCCAUGCAAUCCAAGUUGCCUGCUGGUACGAACCAUGCGGUACCAGGGAUACACAAACACGGCCAGUGUCUAGUCGGCAAGCGUGGAGAUUGAACCCUUGUUUCAACCGAAUAGGCGUCUCAAUAUCCACAGAAGGCUGGGGUGAGUUCAAUUUAACGGAACGCAUCUACGACAUACCUGGAUCAUGGGCAACAAUGCAGGCCACCCAGCCUCCCUGUCAGAAUAUGCUAAUCGAAUGCUACGGCGACUAUUCUCAUGACGAAACAUUGUACUAUCUUAUUGCAUCCAUGACAGGCUCUCUCCUCAUGGGUGACGUCAUGGCCGUCCUAGCAGAAUGCCAGAAUCGACAGGGUUAUGGUCUAGAUCGCUGGGCUGGAGUAGAACACUAUACAGGCCGGUUGGUCCAAUGGUUUAAGGAUCAGUGGAGCCCUGAGGACCAAAUGGUUGUUGAUAUAAUACUUGAUGAUGUCUCAACUAAAGUUGUGGUGGUCUCGCUGCCUUUCGCUUCCGGGGAAUAUCCUGCAUUUUCCCUUCGGCGCGUCAACAGCAGCAAACGCUUUCUGCAUGAAAUGAUCCUGCAUAAGAUGGUGAUGAACGAUGGGCGUGAAUAUCAAUGGGGGCACUCCAAAUCGCCGUUUUUGGUGAAUCCCGUGUGCAAGACAGGGGAUUAUAAGGCAAAUCUGUUGGUUGUAAGGGAGCAUCAGGAGGGAUAUCUGUCGGAUUAUAGCCAUGUCUUCCGCCUCCUAUCUGAUGUGGAAUAA